GCGAACGUAAACAAACCGCGCAUUCCCCAACUGCACGCACGCAUCUCAUCUUUGCCCCAUUCCCGCGUCCUAAUCAGGCGGCCAAUAGCUCCACCACUACUUCCGUUCGCUAAUAGCAUGAGCGGAACAUCGAAACCUGCAAACCCACCGCCGGACAGUCACCACCUUCGCUUCCAAUACUGCCAAAACCGCCCACUGUAUCGUCGCUCGCGCCAGCUAACAGCCGUACGGGUGUACUCGGUUGCGAACGAAUCUCGGCACUUGCUCAUUUUCGGCGUUCCGCAAAUUAAUCUGCUCCGAGAGCUGCGCCAAGAGCUAGUGCGGUUCGGGGCGGUGGAAUCGAUCAGCAACAUCACCGACAGCUGGCAACGGGAACAUGAAGGCUCGGACGAGCUGCAGCCCGAACCGUUUACGGACGUAUUUCAUGUGUGUUUCGUCAAACUAGAAAAGGCCCGACAAGCGAAAAAGCUGCUGGACGCACGCAACUUUUACGGCGGUAUACUGCACCUCUCGUACGCACCGGAGCGCGAAAGUGUGGACGAGGUUCGGGCAAAGCUGAACCAGCGUCGAUCGGAGGUUCGAUUCCGUGCGAAACUCGCCGGUGGGCGGCGGUCGUCCAAUUCAAAACAGCGAACGUCAAAUCUUCCUGGUGUUGGUGCUGCCGGACUGCGACAGUUGGCUGUUGUGCCGGCGGUGGACAAUAAUAGCACUAAGACAACUAAUCCUGCGGCCGCGGGUCAAUGAGACACUACGGUCGGGUGACAGUAGUGGUGUUGA